CGGUGCCGGGACACAGAGCUCGCCGACACCCAACGCUUCCCGUUCUGGGAAGCCUUCGAGACGAAACGACUGGAGAGGGAGAGUGGGCUGACCUGGUAUAUUCCUGGCAAUCGGCAUUACUCUCUCCCACCAGAGGAGGCCCUUUCGAACAUAGGGGACUGCGGGCUCCCUGGUUACUGGUUCCACUGGUAGAUAUGGUGCUAGAGGACUUGUCGGACCUGUACGACGACGCUCGUGAUCGUAGAUGGGGGACUAUGACAAGAAAGAAGAUGAACAUGGCGCUAGCGUCGUUGGAAGACCUUUCGAGACGGAACAAGAUGAAAGCAUGCAAUGCGUUCGACUCAGGCGAAAUGGCGAAGCACAUCCAGGACCUGCCUCAGCCCAGCCGUUGCAAGACUGACGUCGAUGCAAGUCGGGAUUUUACCCGCGCUCAAGGGUAUCUGGCAAUGCUGCGACUGAUAAAGAGCUCCCCACCGAAUUCAGAGUACGUCAAGAUCGCUGCUUCCAUCCUUGCCGGCUUCGCCUCAAGCCUCUCCAUCCUUGCCUGGCAACCAUCUCCAGGAAGAAUCGGAGAAGGUUUCUAUUCACAGCACCGCAUACUCCGUAUGCUGGAGGAAGACGACUUCCGCUACUGUACGGUCCACAUGCUCGACAGUUUGAUAGAACAGUUCUCCACGAGCGUCUCAGACUCACAGCCGUGUGACAGUACGCGCGACCUUGGGGACGCAUCUCUCUCUGCGAUAUGGUCCUUCGCUCAUGCAGCAAGCGACAUACACGCUCAUCACCAUGAUCGCAAGACCCGUCGACUUUGCCCUUCGUGCCAGGCUGCAGGAGAUGGUACGGCAAGGACAGACAUGACACAGGGGCAGGAAUGCGGUGAGGUGCAAGUCAGUCAUUGCAUUCCAGGGGGCGACGAAGCAGCUGGAGGAAGAGGCACCCAGCAGCAGAUAUACUAUAAAAUGCARCUGRGCAAUAGUUUCACCACACUUUGUCCACUGGGGUGGUCUUUGGAGACAGAAAUCCCUGAUUUCCAUGGAGCGGACACUGUCUGGGCGCAGGCCGUGAACUCUGCUCUACGUAGACUGGAAACGGUGGACAUCCUGCUCGACGUUGCAAUCAGAUCGCCGAAUCUGUCAAGCAGCAUAGUGACCGACUGUGUCCGGACUCUAUCCUGUCUUUGGUCCCGAAGGAUGAUCAAGUGGCAUCGAUUCGAUGGCGAACUGUUGAACGAUUUCCCUCAGCCUAUACGGAUGACGUGAGAGCAAAGCUGAAGUUGCUGGUGAAUCGGUUUAGUGAAUUUACUUC